AACAGAGGAAGGCAGAGAAGGGACCUGGGAGGAGGCAGGAGGAGGGCGGGGACGGAGGGGCUGGGGCUCAGCCCAGGGGCUUGGGUAGCAUCCUGGGCAGGGCAGGACAGGGGGCUGAGGGGUGGGUAGAAGAGAAUGCGACUCUCUAAAACCCUCGCCGACAUGGACAUGGCUGACUACAGUGCUGCCUUGGACCCAGCCUACACCACCCUGGAGUUUGAAAAUGUGCAGGUGUUGACCAUGGGCAAUGACACAUCCCCAUCUGAAGGUGCCAACCUCAACUCAUCCAACAGCCUGGGUGUCAGUGCCCUGUGUGCCAUCUGUGGCGAUCGGGCCACUGGCAAACACUACGGAGCCUCAAGCUGUGACGGCUGCAAGGGAUUCUUCAGGAGGAGCGUGAGGAAGAACCACAUGUACUCCUGCAGGUUUAGCAGGCAGUGCGUGGUAGACAAAGAUAAGAGGAACCAGUGUCGUUACUGCAGGCUCAAGAAGUGCUUCCGGGCUGGCAUGAAGAAGGAAGCCGUCCAAAAUGAGCGGGAUCGGAUCAGCACACGGAGGUCAAGCUACGAGGACAGCAGCCUACCCUCCAUUAACGCGCUCCUGCAGGCAGAGGUCCUGUCUCAGCAGAUCACCUCCCCCAUCUCUGGGAUCAAUGGCGACAUUCGGGCCAAGAAGAUUGCCAACAUCACGGAUGUGUGUGAGUCUAUGAAGGAGCAGCUGCUGGUUCUGGUCGAAUGGGCCAAGUACAUCCCGGCCUUCUGUGAACUUCUUCUGGAUGACCAGGUGGCGCUGCUCAGAGCCCACGCUGGUGAGCACCUGCUGCUUGGAGCCACCAAGAGAUCCAUGGUGUUCAAGGAUGUGCUGCUCCUAGGCAAUGACUACAUCGUCCCUCGGCACUGUCCAGAGCUAGCAGAGAUGAGCCGUGUGUCCAUUCGCAUCCUCGAUGAGCUGGUCCUGCCCUUCCAAGAGCUGCAGAUUGAUGAUAAUGAAUACGCCUGCCUCAAAGCCAUCAUCUUCUUUGACCCAGAUGCCAAGGGGCUGAGUGACCCAGGCAAGAUCAAGCGGCUGCGGUCACAGGUGCAGGUGAGCCUGGAGGAUUACAUCAACGACCGGCAGUAUGACUCUCGGGGUCGUUUUGGAGAGCUGCUGCUGCUCCUGCCCACUCUGCAGAGCAUUACCUGGCAGAUGAUCGAGCAGAUCCAGUUCAUCAAGCUCUUUGGCAUGGCCAAGAUUGACAACCUGCUGCAGGAGAUGCUGCUUGGAGGGUCUGCCAGUGACGCGCCCCACGCCCACCACCCCCUGCACCCUCACCUGAUGCAAGAACACAUGGGCACCAAUGUCAUAGUUGCCAACACGAUGCCCUCUCACCUCAGCAAUGGACAGAUGUGUGAGUGGCCCCGGCCCAGGGGGCAGGCAGGUGGGCAGCCUGGGGUCAACUCUACAAGGGCCACCCCCGAGACUCCACAGCCAUCACCACCAAGUGGCUCUGGAUCUGAAUCCUACAAGCUCCUGCCGGGAGCCAUCACCACCAUCGUCAAGCCUCCCUCUGCCAUCCCCCAGCCAACGAUCACCAAGCAGGAAGCCAUCUAGCAAGCCGCCGGGGGGUGGGGGUGAGGCUUCUGCUGGUUCACACCCUCAGAGAGCGCCUGGGUGUAACUUAGUCACGGCAGAGAGGAUGUGACAAGAGGGACCAGUCCCGGAGCAGCCACGGAAAGGGUGCAAGGCCCAAAAACAUGCGCCGAGGGUCGCAUGCAUUGCCACCCCUGACCCCACAUCCGGAGGGCGGGGCUUUGCCUUGAGGAGACCCCGGCGGGGGGGAUGUCUUCCGCUGCCUGGACUCUUCUCAAGUUGAAGCUGCCGUCUUCAUCUUCCCCUCAUAUCUUCCCUCAACUUCUUCACCCCUAAAGGACAACCAUCUGCAGAUGUGGCAGGACCUUGUUUAAAAACAACUCCCUUCUCUCUCAGCUGGGGCCUCUUCCUUCUGGUGCUGGUCAGGGGGCCGGAAACAAACCUUCUGAGGUCGCAUCAGCCUGCAUUGUAGUAUUCCUCUCUCCUGCUGUCCCAGCCUCAGGUGACCUGCUACCUUCCUCUAGAGUUACCUUCCUCUGCCAUCUGACUUCUCCAAAGCCAUCUCUCUGGAGGCUGAGGAAGCCAUGGCAACCAUUUUCAUUCUGAGAACCUUCUGUGAGCACUGACCUGGGUGAGGUAGAGGGUAGGAGUUGCCAUUCCUCCUCUGCCCACAUCACGGCGAUUCUUGGCUCUAGCAUUAGGAGUGAUAGGCCCUAUGGCUUUCUACAGCAGAGAACCACCCAAGGGUGGCGAUUAAACAGAAUGUGGAGAGAGGGUGGCCGCCAUUGGGAAAGUACCUAGGAAGAGGCGAGCUUUGUGUUUGUCCCUUGACGGGGAAGGUAGGCUUCUGGCUAGUUUUAGGGGAGAGCAGCCUGGACAAAGGCCCAUAGGUAGGCAAAAUAGUAUAGGAGGGAGGCGAUGAAGAAAUUGGUUCCCAUGGAGUUGUGUCAGGGCACACGCUGGGGACCAUUGAACGACAAACUGAGGUCAGGGGUAGCUGCCAUGUGGGGGCUGUCAGAAGAUGAGGACAGCAUCCUGCAGAGGUAGGACUGCUGAGAUGGAGUGAGGAGGCCAUGCUAGAGCCUACGGAUGAGACAAAGGGAUGGAUCAGAGUUCUCCCAGGACCUGUCAGCCUCUUCCGUACUUCCAGACGACGUCACAGGACGUUAGACAGCCACCAUUCCAUAGAACCUUCCCUGCAACCCAAACAUCAUUAUGGAAGAUAUAAGUAGAGGAUCUUAACUGCCUCACAGGAAGCUCUUGUCUCCCCUGGUAUGGAAUUCAGAGAGUUCCUCAUCCUUUACCCGUGUCAAACCCAAAGGCUUACUCUUUCCAGAGCUGGCCAGCCAGAGACUGUUUUAAAGUCCCCUGGAAGUCAAGAAUCCAGUUUACUGAUAAGAGUAAAGUUGAUCCAGGACUCCUGUCCUUUUUUCCCACUGAUCUACCCAAGUGUGGGUGAGGAGCAGCAGGCCAUGGAUCCUGGAGGAGGGACCAGUCUAGUCUGGCAGUCAGAGCUGAGGAGUUUGGGUGAGAGGCAGAAGGACAAGAAAGCCUGGGUUUCAGGCUUGCUUGAGAAGCUACAUUCAAGGUACAUUCUGGAGCUCCUCAUCCCCAGCAGGCAGAGAUCCACCCCUGGCUAACUCUUGAUGACUUUGCAGAGCCCCUAUAAAGUGCCUCUGGCCAACAGAAACAAGAGGAAUAUCCCCUGGAAAUAUGCUAAGUGGAAGGAAUGAGCUGUGAGACCCGAUAGUUAUGGUCCCUCAAGGCUGAUCCUUCUGAGUGGGUGGGGCUAGCACCCCAGUGUCCAUCAAGCAAGGUCUAUCCUUCUGAGUGGGCAGGGCUAGCACUCCAGUGUCCAGAAAUUCCAGUCUUAAUGAUAGGUCCUCUGAAAAAGAGGUGCAGAGGAGUAAUGGGGCCAGCUGCUUAAAGAAAAAGAAUACCCACAGGCCAGGACUGUCAGAACAGGUUGAGUCAACCCCUUAAAGCCCAGGGGUUGGUCUCAAGAGUGGCUUUUCCAUGCUCAGAGCCCCCAAGACUUCCUUGGCCACUCUCACUCCAGUGCCCCCAGAGACCCCAGCCAGAUUGCUCAGACUGCCCUGCAUGAAGGCAGAACAGUUGAACUCUCUCUGGUCCUUAUCUUCUAUCCCUCCAUCCCCAGUGCCGUCAUGAGAGGAGUAGGUGAUGUUGGGCUUCAGUGGUAGCAGUCUUCUGGGGCGGGGGUCAGUCGCUGUCCCAGUCAGUCCUUUCUGAAGGAGAAAUCCAUUCCACAUUAAUAACUUGAUUACAACGCAGGAAGUACGCGAUAAAGGAAAGUCUACUCUUCUGAUUGCAAGCUGAAGAACUACGUUGGAGCCUUUUUCUUCUGAGCCUUGUUUCUAGUACAUGAUACGAUGGGACUAAGUAGAAGCUGCUGGUGGGCAAGGGUGGGUGCCACGGUUUUUCCCCAAGAGCAGCCUCUUUACUUCAGGGAGUUCUCGGAAACUUUCAGGAUUCGGGGGGCUUCCCUGAGAGGAGCCGAGAGAGGAUUAGAAGCGGACAUCCUCGGCUUCUUGUGAUGACCACGCCUUUUGUCUUUGCUAGAACUCUCUGUGACUUCCCCUGGUGAAUUCUAAUCACGGACUUCAUGCCAAGCAUCCGGAAGUACGCUGAGCCCCCAUCAGAUCAAUCAGUACCUUCCUGUGGUUGUGCAAACAUCACAGGGUCCCACACUGAUCCCCAAGUCCCCACUAUCACUGCCCAAGGGGUUAAAAAAAGAAAAAAAAACCCUCAAAAACAGUUCUUACUCCUGUGUUUUAGCAAAAAUUUAUCAAACAAAAUAAAUGGUACAUAUGUUUUCUAAGUC